AUGGCCACCCCCACCACCCCAGUAGAAGAAACCACCGAUACCACUCAAACAAAGAAGAAAAGAGGUCCAAACUGGCUUCCCCGCGAGGAAGAACAGCUUGCAAUCUCUUGGAUCAAUACCAGCAAACAACCUGAAUUUGCGACAAACCAGUCAGGCGAGACCUUCUAUUGGAAGAUUGAAAAGGAUUUUAACACACACUCCAAGGCCCACUAUUGCGAUCAUGGUCAAAUAAAAACUUGUGGUUCUAGUCCUGAGGACUGGCUUGAAGCUGCAAAGAUGAACUACCAAGACCAGACCAAAGGGACCGCAUUCAACAACCUUGCAGCAUGGCAAAAGCUCUGUUACGCACCAAAAUGGCGAGCCGACCCUCGAGUAGAUCAGACAUCCACCCCAGUUCCAAUCCCAUCAACUGACUCGAUCGACCCUGACACUUCUUUUAAUGAGAACACCAUUACCCCAAGCGCGCGUUCCGCAUCUUCAAUUUCUUGUCCAAUUGGGGGGAAGGCCGCUAAAAGACUUCAAAUCGAGAACUACCAACACAAUGAAUUACUCUCUCAAACAAACAAGCUGGCUGAAAUCUCUCAAGAGCGACUGACAGCCUUCAACAAAGGCAACGAUAUCCUCCUGGAAAAAAAUAAAAUCAUGCAGGAAAAGCUUGAAAUAGAACGGACAAAACUCCAGCUAGAAGAAUAG